AUUCACUACAUUCAGAUACAUACAAACACACACUUGGUUGUUUAAACGAGAAUCUUUACAAAUGGCAACUGCUUCAUCUACUAUUCUUAAAUCCAACAAUUCCAUCGUGAAGGCAUUGCCCACCGCCACCUCCGCCAUCGCCGCGGCUCCUGACAGUCUGUCUUUCAAGAACUCCACCACCCCGUUACCGUUUAAGAAACUUUCUACCACCGCUGCCUCCGGCAGAUGCAGAUCGUUUACCGUCAAGAGCCAGAUUAACCCAUCGGAAUCUUCAAGACCCACGAAAGUGCAUGAACUGUGUGUGUAUGAGAUUAACGAAAGGGACCGGGGAAGUCCGGCGUAUCUCCGGUUGGGCCAAAAACCGGUCAAUUCGCUUGGUGAUCUUGUUCCGUUCACCAACAAAGUUUACAGUGCAGAUCUUCAGACAAGAUUAGGAAUCACCGCCGGAAUAUGUAUUCUGAUCAAGAACAUGCCGGAGAAGAAAGGUGACAGGUACGAAGCCAUUUACUCGUUUCACUUGGGUGAUUACGGCCAGAUAUCUGUUCAAGGAGCUUAUCUGACGAUGGAGGAUACCUACCUUUCGGUUACCGGCGGGACGGGGAUAUUCGCCGGAGCGUACGGUCAAGUGAAGCUGCAGCAGCUGGUUUUUCCGUUCAAAUUGUUCUACACAUUUUACUUGCAGGGUUUAGCAGGUGAUCUGCCAGCGGAAUUGCUUGUAACCCCCGUGACUCCGUCACCGGCGGUGGAGGCGUCGGCUGCGGCCAAGGCCACCGAGAAGGGGGCCACCUGUCCUAACUUUACAGAUUAAAUAAUGAUGGUGGAGUAGCCACCUUUUCUUUUCUUUCAUUUUGUUGGAGGCACUCAAGUUCCAGCAUUCUCACCUCCACCUUUUGAGGAAUAAAGUAUCAUUUAUUAGGGAUGUUGUUGGAUUAUUAUAAGCGUACAAUAGAAAAUUAAAAAGCUGUCCAACACUUUGAUAACAUUUAUCUGGACGGUAUAAACAAAUACAUACAGGUAAUUUGUAUGUUAUUUGUUUAGUAUAUAUAUGUACACUUGCAUUAAAAAAAAUAAACUUGAAUUACUUGUAUGCAUAUGUACAUACCAUCCAAAUAAAUGAUUAUUGGAGUAUUUUUAUGUUUUC